AUGAAGCUAAAGGGGUCUCUGGCCUGCCUCCUGCUGUUCCUGCUCCUGGGCAGUGGGGAGGCUAGCCCGCUGCAGGGUGGAGAGGAGGACGCCGGAGGAGAAGUUGGGGAAGCCAUUGGACAUGGGGUGGGGGAGGCCUUUGGACACGUGGUGGGAGAAGCCGUCAUCCACGGAGUCGAGGAGGCCAUUGGCCGAGGGACUGGAGAGAAAGCAGGCUUGGGAAUCAGGGAGGCCAGGGACCCCCACUUGGGGGAUGCUCUUGCCCACAAGCUUAAGGAAGCGAGCCACGCUCUUGAAAACACUGGGAGUGAGGCUGGCAGACAGGCUGAGAAUAUCAUCGGACACGGAGUGGACCCUGCCCACAGCUCCUGGCAGGGGACGCCCGGCAGCAACGGAGCUUGGGGUACCCAUGGGCAGCCUCCAUCCGGAGGCCAUGGCACCCCUGGCUCUCAGGGCGGCCCUGGAGGCCCCGGGGACACCCCGGACUAUGUGUUCUCUGGAGGCUCAGGUGGCCACUUUGGAGCCAAUGCUCAGGGAGGCUCCUGGGGCCAGGGAGGCCACAGAGGGCCAUCCAACCUGGGGGCCAACCCUCAGGGAGCUGCAACCCCACCUGGCUCAGUGAGAGGCAGCAGCAACAGAAAUACAGAAUGCACCAACCCCCCUGGCUCAGGUGGAAGCUCUAGCAACUCUGAGGGAAGCAGCAGCAGUGGCGGCAGUAGUGGCAGCAGCAGUGGAGGCAGCAGUCAUGGUGGAGGCAGCAAUGGCGGCAGCAGUGGCGGCAGCAGUGGCGGCAGCAAUGGAGGCAGCAGCAGUCACGGUGGAGGCAGCGGUGGAGGCAGCGGUGGAGGCAGCAGUGGCAGCUCCGGGUCCAGCUGGGGAUACAAUCCCAACUUCUCCUCGGGGAACAGGGUUGGAAGCGUUGGCGGAAACAAACCCGAGUGUGACAACCCACACGUGUCUGGGGGAUCUGGGGGUCAGGGGCAGGGCUCUGGUAGAGAAGGCGAAGCUGUCAGUGGAAUCAACACCUUGAACUCUCAGACAUCUUCUGAGCCCUUCAACUUCGACACUUUCUGGAAGAAUUUUAAAUCCAAGCUGGGCUUCAUUAACUGGGAUGCCCUAAACAAGGGCCAGGCCCCACCCCCCAGCACUCGUGCCCUCCUCUACUUCAGGCGGCUCUGGGAGGAUUUCAAACACAACACUCCUUUCUUGAACUGGAAAGUCAUUACUGAGGGCGAGGACGUGCCAUCGCUUCAGAAGAGGGCAGGUGUGGCUGGCCAGCCUGGCACAGGAUGGCAAGAUGCAGUAGCUGUGACUGCUAAGAACUACAAUUACAACCAGCAGGGACCCCCUACAGCCCUUGGCGGGCAGUACCCAGCCAAGACCCCUGCUAAGGGGGGAGUCACGGUUUCUUCCUCGGCUUCCCGGAUGCACCCUGGCCUGCUGCAAUGGGUGAAGUUUUGGUAG